CACUAAAGUUUUGGUCACGGCUGAAAGUUUUGUGGGAAGCGGCCGGUCGGUAACGACUCGCUCUGCGUCCCAGUUCUCAGCCUCUCCCUCACCCCCCGACCUCAGGGAUGGUGGACAACGUGUACCGGACCCGUUCGCUCGGGGUCGCGGCUGUCGGCUUGCCUGACCAGUACGCGGACGGCAAAGCAGCAAAGGUCUGGCAGCUCUACAUCGGUGACACUAGGAGCAGGACAGAGGAGUACAGGAGCUCCGUGGUGCAGCUGCUGCGCCAGCACAAGUGUCAGCGGAUCCUGGAUGUGGCGUGUGGCACCGGAGUGGAUUCCAUAAUGUUGGUGGAAGAAGGCUUCACCGUGGUGAGUGCAGAUGCCAGUGACAAAAUGCUGAAAUAUGCGUUGAAAGAAAGAUGGAACCGACGGAAAGAAGAAGCAUUUGAUAAAUGGGUGAUCGAAGAAGCUAACUGGUUGACGUUGCCUCGUGACAUUCAGAAGCCGGGUGAUGGAUUUGAUGCUGUCCUUUGUUUAGGAAAUUCGUUUGCACAUUUACCAGACCUCAGAGGCGACCAGAGUGACCAGAAGCUGGCACUGAGGAACAUUGCCAGCAUGGUGAAACCAGGCGGGAUUUUAAUCAUUGACCACCGGAACUAUGAUGCUAUCUUGGAAACUGGCCAAGCGCCGAGAGGCAAAAAUAUUUACUACAAGAGUGAUCUUACCAAAGACAUAAACACCUCUGUGCUGUAUGUCAACAACAAACCUCACAUGGUGACAUUGGAUUACACUGUUCAGCUCCCAAACCAGGACAACGAUGGACAUCCAGAUGUGAGCACCUUCCGCCUGUCCUACUAUCCUCACCGCGUGGAAGCUUUCACCGAGCUACUGAAGAAUGCUUUCCAAGGAAAAUGUCAGCACAACUUGUACGGUGACUUUAAACCCCACAAGCUCGGCCAAGAUUGUGCUCCAUGCUAUUUUAUCCAUGUCAUGAAGAAGACUGCUUGAGCACCGUCUCUCCAGCAAGAUUGAGACUUUGACCCUGGAAACCCCAGGGGUAGAAAAUGUGCAGUUACAGAACAACAGCAACAAAAAGAAAAAAUGCAUGGAGGGAAAGAGUAAGACCAAAAACAGAACUGGGGGGGGGGGGGGGGGAUAAAACAUUAUUGUAGCAGGUUGUAUGUUCAUGUCUUUUAAUUAGCAAUUGGUGUAAAUCAUGGAAAGGAUAACCACUAUAAUUAUAUUGUAAUUAGUAAAAGCAUAACUGACUGUGUUGGCUGUUGUCCCUGUACCAGACCCAGACCCAAAGCUGCCAAUAUCGGCCAAAUGUUGGAGUGAUAUUCAUAAUCAGAAAGAAGGACUGCACUCCACUCACCCUCCUCCCCUCCCCCCACCGACCAACUCCCAUCUCCUGAAAGUGGUGAUGCCAGGCAGGCAACAGAUCAGUGUGAACCACAAGCCCCUCGCGCUGUGCCCAGGAGUCUUAAUCUGUGAGGCAAGAAAGCAAAUGUACACACAUUCAUCCAUUGUUGCCCAGUGAGAACUGCUAAUUUAACCCAAGAUUUUCCAAUAUUUAAAUGUUUACUUUAGCACGUGAUGGGAACACUUCUGCGGUUCUGUGAUGCUGCUUCAAUUGUCUUGUGAGUCAAGGAAGAUGAGUUGAGCCACAGAAGUUGCACCAUAUCCACCAGAAAACCUCAGCUUGUCCAACAAUCCACCUCAGCAAAGAUGAAGUGAGCUCUUUCACAAGAUUGUGUUUGUUCCUCAAGGGCAUGAGUGUGCAAACUGAUUUUGAAGUUGCUGUCAGACUGUUUGAUUGGCCAUUGUAUGAACAAGAAAAACACAGUGCCAGAAACUACCAACUUGUAUCGCAAGAGAGCUACAAUGAAAAAAGACCAAUGACCCAUCUUAGCACAUCCAUCCAGAAACCAAUCCUACAGACCACCCAUCACAGCAUCCAACUGCUUAUUAAAUAAUUACUACUAUUUUUAUCCCCAACUACCCCACUUGUAAGUCCUUUCCCAAAUGUUGAUCACUCUUUGUGUGACUAAUUUCGUGACUUCAAUGCUAAUUUUCCCUUUGCCUCUUUAACCCAGUGACCCCAUGCCCCCAACUUGUCGUGCCCUGCUUUAGUUUUCCAGACAUAUGUUUUCUUUACUAGUCACUAUCUUCAAUAUUUCUAAGUGCUUCCUUUUCCAGCAAGGAAGCCAUCCUGUCUCAUAAUUCAGCUCAUGUCCCCAGGGACCAGCCUUACAUAGUGUAUCCUGGGAUUAAGAAGCUCCCUUGUUGCCUUUGUGACAAAAAUAAUGUUAAGGUAUGGUGUGGUUACAGUACAGAAAAGUUGCAGUGUGACAUCCUCCAAUUUAUUGUAUUUUGGCUAAAUAGUUCACCAUGCUAUAGGAGUGAGCCGACCAGUUGACAGCAAUGUUUAGCAUCAAACCUGUCAUGUUUGAGAAUGUAAAAUCACUGAGGCUUGCAGGCCCAAAUGACAACACGCACUUUUUAAGCCUAUAACAAUUAUUAUUAUUAGUGUUGCUAUUGAAAAGCACCAUGAAACUUCUCAGGCAUGAACUCUAACCUGAUGCAUUGUGAAGAAAUGAAUAUACUUGCUGUACAUCAGAGAUUCCUGUUUCUGACUAUGGUUGAUACAAACUGUGGUUCAUGUUUGGUUAUUUAAAGGUAGAGCCUUUAUUGUCCAAUCUUGAGUCCCCGGCACUCAUCCAUACUCAGUAGAGCCUGAAAUAUAAAAUCCAGGGCCUGGGCUAUUUUCUCCCUCAUCCUUUCAUUUCAUCACUGACCUCUUGCUUGGCUGGAGCCUCUGGGUUUUGGUUGUUCCAGGUCUAUGAGCUACCUGUUAUCACAUAUUGAGCACAAAGCUUGCUGACUCUGUUGUAAUGAGACUCGAACCCAAAACUGCACAGUCUACUGAGGGGAUGCACUGCUAACUUCGUUCUCAUUUUGAGCCAAGAAGGUGGCAUGCCAUAUUAGAUUUAGUAAAGAGUGUGCAGCCAGAUUUAGCUAACAGCAUACCACUGUGUAAACAAGUCAAUGAAGGAAUGUCAAGGAAGGAACAAGUCAAGGAAUGAAACCGGAUGGACCAUCUGGCAAGGACCUAGACACCGGAAAUGACAACAGCAAACUCAGCUCUGUCGACCCUGCAAAGUCCUCCUUACUAACAUCAGUGACACUUGUGCCAAAAUU